AUGGAUAAGUUUAAUAUUGAAGAUUACAGAGAAAAGAUCGCUAAGUCUGCCAUUUUUAUUAAAGAUCAGGUUGAAGCGCAUUUUGGUAACACGUUCCAACCUAGGGUGUUGAUCAUAUGUGGUUCGGGAUUAGGAGGUAUAACAAAUAGAGUAGCAACAUACCCUGUUCCUUUGAAGGUGCCAUAUGCAGUUAUUCCAGGUUUCAAAGUAAGUACUGUGUUUGGUCAUGAGGGGUCUCUAUUGUUUGGCGAGAUUGAAGGAACUCCAGUAGUUGUGAUGAGUGGCAGGUUGCAUGGUUAUGAAGGGCAUACUAUUUAUGACACCGUGUUUCCAAUUAGAGCAUUACAUGAAUUUUCUCAGAUCGCUACAAUGGGCUCGUUAUCGAAUUUAAUUGUGACCAAUGCUGCUGGCGCAACUAAUCCUGACUAUACAGUCUGCGAUUUAAUGUGUAUCAUUGACCAUAUAAAUAUCCCAGGUUUAGCUGGUGCUAUGCAUCCAUUGAAAGGACCAAACAUGGACGAGUACGGUCCAAGAUUUUUGGCAUUGAGUGAUGCAUACGACUUAGAUCUAAGAAGAUUACUAUUUCAAAAGCAAAAAGAAUUAAAUAUAGAGAGAAAGAUCCACGAAGGAACAUACACUUUCGUUUCAGGCCCAACUUUUGAAUCAAGAGCGGAAGUUCGUAUGAUUAAGGCAAUGGGUGGCGAUGCUGUCGGAAUGAGUACCGUGCCAGAAGUCAUCGUUGCAAGACAUUGUGGGUGGAAAGUAUUGGCAAUGAGUUUAAUCACUAAUGAAUGUGUCUCUGAUCCUCCUGCUAGUGUUUUUGAUAUUGAUGCCGUUCCACUGGAUAAAAGUUUGGCAACACAUGCUGAGGUUCUAUUAAAUGGUACCAAAGCAUCUGGGGAUGUAGAAGCUUUAGUUCAAGCUGUUGUUUCAGAAUUAUAG